UAAUAUAAAAUAUACACUGUACGUUAAUGGCACCGCACAAAGCACAACAGAUGAAACAAUCUUCAUAAGAAAGUGCGUAAUUCAGCUGGAAAAAAAAUCUGCUCCGGUGUCAUGGCAACGGCUUCAAACGUCACGGGGAGGUGCAGGGGUCUGCAUCUGUAUGAUAGAAAUAAAGCAAGCAUGUAGAGCGGCGAUUACAAUGAAACUGUGUCUGAAAAUGGGCUGGUCGUUGGUCAGAUACAACGGGCUAGACAAACAAUUAAACACUUUUUUAAUUCAUUUAUUAUUCAAGUUUUACCCUAAAUAUUUUCCAGGUCGCUACUGAAGUAGACGGCUGUGUCACGUGAUACUUGUCACUUUUCCAAUCACAGUUUGUUUGCUCGAAUACACUCAGGCUGAUGUUUAUGUUUAUUAGGUUUAUGUUUAUGUUAGUUAACUAUUCCUAAUUCAUCUGACAAUGAGUAUUUUUUGAGAAUUUGAUUCAAUCAAGUUUACACGUUUGCUCCAAAGACUACUGCUUUAUCAGCGCUGCCUGUUACUUUUCUCAGCGCUUGUCAGAAUGGACCAAUCGCAGAGGCAUUUUAAAUUACUUUUAUAGACAUUGAUAUGUCCGAAUUCCAUUUGCAUUUCCGAUAUUAAUCCGUUAAAUUAUAAUACUUAAAAAAGGUUAAAAACUUUAGACAAAUAAUGAACCAGUAAAACACAAACUGUGUUAAAAUCUGAAUUCGUCUCAACGGUGAAUUGGCUUUCUGGGCCUCCAAGCGCCCCCUAGAGGAAUGAGCGCGUUUCGUCUCUCUUUAACAGUAAGCGAGCAGCAUUGUCAGCUCAAUCUGUAACAGGGAGGGCAAGGGGUGCAUUAUUUACUCCCAAGCACAGUGCAUGGCAUUAAAUGACUACAUAGGGACCAUCUGUGACAUCGUAGCGCAUACUUAUUUUACUGUGAUACGGACACGGGAGAUACUGACAAGGGAUGAAUUCUCUUCCACCCUGUGGAUGCGCCCUAACCGUGUCCAAUGGAUCUCCCCGGCAUCAGCAACACGACCGUGGACAACAUGUCAGGUUUGGGCUUCAUUUUAGAGAUUGUGACCAUCAAACCAGUUGUAAACAGCCUGAGCACUCAGGCCAGCAACUAUACAGCCGGGGGCGAGAUGAACCGCGACACCCCAGUGUGGAGUUCGGAGCGGAACUCGGUUCUCCAGGGCAUCGCGGUGGCCGCGCAGGCGCUGCUCCUCCUGGCCAUCUUUUUACUGUCCAGUCUGGGUAACUCAGCGGUUGUGGUGGUUAUAAUCAAACACAGGCAGUUGAGAACGGUCACUAACGCUUUCAUCAUGUCUCUCUCCCUGUCUGAUUUUCUCACGGCCGUGCUUUGUUUGCCCUUCUCCUUCAUGAUGCUCUUCAGCAAGAACGGCAAGUGGAUGUUUGGAGAGCCCUUCUGCAUCGCCAACGGCUUCUUUAACACCUGCUUCGGCAUUAUCUCCACCUUGACCAUGACUCUUAUCUCAUUCGACCGGUAUUAUGCUAUCGUCAGGCAGCCGCAAGCCAAAAUCGGCCGGAGGAGAGCGAUCCAGCUCCUGGUGGCCGUUUGGUUCUCCGCGGUGGUCUUCUCGUUUCCUUGGUACCUGCUUAUGGAGACCUCCGGGCGCUUGGUGGUGCACAAACAGGGCUUUUACCAUUGCAUGUAUGUGUUCCACUCGGGCACCUCCAGGAUGGGCACCACCUACAGUAUUGCUUUAAUAGUAGUCUGUUACCUGCUUCCCUUCGCCCUCAUGUGCUUCUGCCACUAUAACAUCUGCAAAACCGUCCGGCUGUCGGAGAUCAGGGUGCGGCCGGUGACCACUUACGCGCACCUGUUGCGCUUCUACAGCGAGAUGCGCACCGCCACCACCGUGCUCAUCAUGAUCGUGUUCAGCAUCUUCUGCUGGGGGCCCUACUGCCUGAUGGGUAUCAUCACCGCGCUCGGGAGGUACUCUUUCAAUCCCGCUAUGGAUACUGUGGCUAUCUGGAUGGCGUGGUCUAACGGUGCCAUCAACCCGUUGAUUUAUGCCAUAAGGAACCCGAAUAUAUCCAUGCUGUUGGGGCGGAGCAGAGAGGAGGGAUACAGGACUAGAAACAUCGCUGCGUACCUGUCCACGCAGACGCAGCGCAGGGACGCGGUCCGGACUCGGGCCGACCGGAUUCGGGACAGGUACGUGAGCCGGCACGGCGCAAACAGCCGCCUGUCUUCCUCCAGCCCGGCCAACGGGGGAGAUGUGGCCAUGUGGGCCUGUAAAAACCCGGCUGUGUUCUUCUGCAGAGAUGCGCAUCCGGAUACAAUCACUGAACCGGCGGUGCCCAAAGUUGAGACUGCUGACACCAGUUUGUAAUCCGGACACACUUUAUGAUGACUUAAAUGAAAACGACGGGAGGUACAGGUGGGCCCAAACAUUUACUUGGGUCACACUUUAAAAUCUAAAAUUACAUUUAUUGCAUUGGAUAACAAAAUCAAGUCAAGUGGAAUUUAUUUUAAGGAAACAUAAUAGCUCAAACAAGGUUUCAGAUGAAAAAAAAACACGUUUGGAUUUGGACGUUAGUGGAGCAUUUGUUUGGAGAUUCCACUUGGUUUGAUUUAUUUGUCUAAUGCAAUGACAUUAGAAUCAGAAUCUUUAUUUGUCAUUACAGAAGAAAGUACAAGGAGCUUCUAUGUGCGCCGCCAUCCAUUAUUACACUUUUAAGCUGUAAGAUAUGAAUAUGGAAGGAUUCAACAAUGACAUUUUUGCAAUACAUUUACUUUAAAAAUGUCCAAUGACCAAUUUUAUUUUCACACGUAUUUGGUAUGAUUUUAUAUCACAUUCACAUUAUUUGCAGGCCGUUUCUUGAUAUUUUGCUCAUACAGUAAAAAUAAUAUUAAAGAAACCCUAUCAGA